AUGGGUGAGCACGCCACGACGGAUGCUCUCGUACUGUCACUCUUAAGGCGUUCAUACCUUACGUCACCAGCUUCAGCACAACACACACUUGGUGCACCUUCAUCCCUCACAAUCAUCCGUCCUUCACACUUCUCACACACUACCCCUUCACCUCUCAUUCCCCCCACCUUAUCGCCCCUCACGCUAACCUCCUCCUCACCCCUGCUACCCCUUCAGUUCUUACUACCUCAAGGUAAACGCUUACUACUCUCUUCUGCUGCUCUGUCAUCAUCAGCAGCAACAUUCUCAGACUUGCCCCCACCUUCAGCGACGUCUCCAAGUCUGCUCCGACUUUUAGGGAGGUCCUCAGGACUUUCUUCAUCUUUGGCCCUCUCACAAAGUCCCGUCAGCGAAGAAGCACUAUUCCGGAACAGUCCAUCUUCGACACUGUCAUCUCGGUCACAUCUCCAGACAGGCAGCUGGAGGGGUAUCGAGGCGCAGCCUACGUAUACCCACCAUCCAUCAAUCUCACCCACUUUGCAGCAGAUUUACGAGUCUCAACGGAGCAGCGACGUGAAUAAUCUUAUGUGUGGGGAAGAGCGCAUGCUGCCUCACAGCGCUGCCUGCCAUCAUGUACGCUUACAUCAAGCAGGUUCAGGCAACGGAACAGUUACCAGUGGGAGGGAAGCAGUAAUUAUAACGUCUUUAUUAACUGGGAAAGCACUGGUCAAGACCCAUUCCAUCGCUGCCCUGACAAAAACAGCUAAACCUUAUGUCACAGAAGCUUUCCAGGAUGUCAACUCUUCUAUCAAUCCUCCUCCAACUAUUAGCAAGACAACCGGCCCCAGAAGCACACUCUCAGAUCCUUGCAGGGACAUCUCUAGAUGCCCAAACCCCUCAGAAUGCCUCGAUAUGAACCAACGGCAGUGCGACAAUGAAAAUUCAGAAAUAGAAAUGCCUUGGAGUUGGAAGAAUGUGUCUUUUAUUAUGGCAGACGACAAGGGAGGUGCUCAGAACAUGUCGUUUCCCGCCUCCUGCCUGGCUCAAACUAACACCUCGUCGUCGGAGCUCCCUGGCUGUUCUUCCUCAGGGACCUCAAGGGCACCUACGGCGGCGUCCUUGGUGGCGAGUGAGUGGGCGCGUAUCGUGGGGUUCUCCUUGAUCUUCGUGGUGGGGGUGGUGGGGAACGUGUUGGUGGUGGUGACGCUUCUCCAUCACCGCAACCUCCGCACCGUCACCAACGUCUUCCUCCUCAACUUGGCGGUGUCAGACUUGCUACUGGGAGUGUUCUGUAUGCCCUUCACUCUCGUCGGCUCCCUUCUUCAGGACUUCGUCUUCGGCGCCGUCAUGUGCAGACUCAUCCCCUACAUGCAGGCCGUGUCAGUGUCGGUAUCUGUGUGGACGUUAGUGGCCAUCUCCCUGGAGAGGUUCUAUGCCAUCUGCCAGCCGCUCCGUUCCCGCAGGUGGCAGACGCCCGCCCACUCUUACCGGGUGAUCGCGGGCGUGUGGGCGGCCUCUCUCUUCAUCAUGACGCCCAUCGCCGCCCUCUCCACCCUCAUGCCCGUCAGGGGCGACCCAGGGCGCCAUAAGUGCCGAGAGGUGUGGCCGAGCCUGGCGGUGGAGCGGACCUUCACCGUGCUGCUGACGGCGACGCUGCUGCUGGUGCCUCUGGUGGUAAUGGCGGCCGCCUACCUGAGGGUGGUGAGGACGCUGUGGCUUGGCGCCCAGCUGCGCGCGCAGCCCGGAGCCCCGCCCCGCACCGCCUCGCAAGAGCGGAGUUUGAUGGCCAAACGACGUGUCGUGCGGAUGUUGUUCGUGCUUGUGGCAGAGUUCUUCAUCUGCUGGUCACCGCUCUUCAUCGUCAACCUUCUCUCUCUGUACAUUCCCCGGCAGGUGUACGCCGCCCUGGGUAGCUUCGGCGUGUCACUAGUGCAGCUGUUGGCGUACCUCUCCUCUUGCUGUAACCCCAUCACCUACUGCUUCAUGAACGCCAACUUCAUCCAGAGCUUCAGACAGACGUUCGGCUGUCCCCGCCGCAGACCCAACUAUUCCUUUCGCAGUGGGUAUGACAGCAGCUUCAAGAGCGCCACCGCGUUCACUCACACGCACCUACGAGUGAACGCCGACCAGCCCAUCACCAUGACGCAGUUGAGACCUAACCAGCGGUGCCCCUCGGUGCGUCACAGUCCGCGGACGCCCACGCGACAUGCCCAGCGGCAGCUGACUCUGAGCUGCGGCCAAGGGCCGUCGACGGCAUCUCGGACACACAGCACAAGCUUCACCAACAAACUCCUCACCAACGGGGCAACUCCAGCUUCCCAGACCCGCUCCAGCUCCCUCUAGCGGCCAGGCUCACACAUCAUACUUACAAGAGUCUACGAUAUUUCAACUUCCAAUGAUAAAAACAGAUUACCAUGAGGGCACUAAUACAGCGCUUCAGUGGCAGUUUUCGAGCUCACGAAGCGAAUGUUCUUAUGACUAUUGUAC